AUGUCCCGGAGACACAUCGUCCUGACGGGCGCACCAGUGCCUAGCUCUCUGUGCUGGGAGGAAGACGAGCUGGAGACGGCCGGCAGCAAGACGCACCACGCAGCGGCCGAAGCUCGAUGGAGGAGCCUGGAGAAGGUCAGGGAGACUACGGUGUUGACUGGGCCCAUCGACGAGGGCGAAUGGUUCUUUACAGCGGGCGCCGUGCAGAGAUACAGCGGCGAGUCCGUCAGCGGGCUCGAGACGACGGCCCUGUCUGCGUUUUAUGAGCAGUCCUUUGCACUGCAUGAAGGCAUCUCAUCUGGCUCCUUUGACAAUGAUGAUACGAGGUCCUUUGGUGACGACGACUCCACUGCUGGCUUGAUUGACAGUCCAGAAGGGGACGCUUCAUCCCUGCUGCCAACGGGCUCCCAACUUCGAUCGACCGUCCGCCCCCAUUUGAGCGACCUUGAGGACAUCCCCAAGGCAGUGUAUGUCAAUGGGCUGGCUCCACGGGUUGUCACAGUCAACCUGAUAGUGGCUGUUAUCUCAGUCGAGCAGCGUCGUCGAGUACGCACUCGCUGGGGACGAGCCAUGGACCUGGUCGAGCUGCUGGUCGGCGACGAAACGAAAUCAGGAUUUCGUAUUAGCUGCUGGCUUCCGCCGCGAGAUGAUCUUCAUCAGCUCCAGCAGCAGCAGCAGCAGCCAAAGCAGAGCCCGCUGGGAGUCCCUGGAGGAAGUCCGCCCAUGUGA